CCAGGCAAGCGCUUGGAGCGCUGGUGCCUGGAGCCGCCGCUGGCGUUGACCAGAGCUGCCACGACCCAGUACCUUACAUUCCACAACCUAAUACUGGGCUGCAACCCACAGUUUGAAAACCACUGACAGACACCAUUUCCCUCUUUGGAGAUCAUACCCGUCAGAUCCAGGUGUGUGCUGGGAAACCUUGAGAGCUACUCUGAGACUUUGGAGAACACACUGAAAGGAACAAUCUGGUCCAGAUACUCAAAAGUAGGUAAACUCCUAACUCCCAUUGGUUUCUGAAAACCUUAGGACACGGGUGGGGAAUCUUUUUUCUGUCACGGUCCAUUGACCCACAGAAAAUAUCAAUCGCAGGCCACACAGCCCCCGUGUCCUCUGCCCCACUUCUCCCUUGACCCGCGUCCUCUGGCCCCGCGCUCUUCCCCCAGUUCUCGUCCUCUUCCUCCCACCCCCUUGCCAGGACUCAUGGGGGCCCUUCCCCUUGCGGCGGCCGAGAAGCGCCGAUUGGCUGAUGUUACCGGCUUUUAUUUGCAUACAGCGAGUGAAAGGCUGACGAGGCGGUUCCGCGCAGGGCAGGUCGGGAAGGCGGCGGGCAUUUUGAAAGAUCGUGCGGCGACCAGCGGGCCGCUCUCUCCUCAGCAGCGCGCCAUGGCGGGGCCCGGCCCGGAGGGGCUCUACGAGAGGUAUGUGACUCAGGCAAAAGAAGCAGCCAGAAAUGGAAAUCUGGAAGAGUCUCUUAAAUUCUUCAAUCUUGCAAAUGAAAUUCAUCCCAGUGAAAAGCUGAAAAGCAGAAUCAAAAGGCUUGAGGAAACACUUGCAGAGCUGGCACUUGCCACAGAGGAAGAAGAGGGAUUUGUGGAUGUAUGUAACAGUGGUCUAAUGAUCUAUGGAGAGAUGCACAACAAACUCUUUGAGUAUCAGAGAGAAGGUGUCGCCUUCCUAUACAGCCUCUACCGUGAUGGAAGGCAAGGAGGUAUAUUGGCAGAUGACAUGGGUUUGGGAAAGACUAUCCAGAUCAUUGCAUUCCUUUCUGGGAUGUUUGAUGCUGAACUCAUACAGUUUGUACUGCUAGUCAUGCCAACCACCCUUGUUAGCAACUGGAUGAGAGAGUUUGCCAACUGGACUCCAGGACUGAGGGUGAAAGAUUUUCAUGGCACCAGCAGGACUGAGCGUAACAGAAAACUAGAGAGAAUCCAAAGAAAGAAUGGCAUAGUGAUCACAACAUAUCAAAUGCUGAUCAAUAACUGGCAGCAGCUUUCUAGCCUUAGUGGACAAGAGUUUGUUUGGGACUAUAUUAUUCUUGAUGAAGCCCACAAAAUUAAGUCCCCAUCUGCUAAAACCACUAAAUCUGUAUAUGCUAUUCCUGCAAAAAAUCGCAUCCUCCUCACAGGGACACCAGUCCAAAAUAAUCUGCGUGAGAUGUGGUCCUUGUUUGACUUUGCAUGUCAGGGGGCCCUCCUAGGAACUGCGAAGACCUUUAAAAUGGAAUAUGAGAAUCCUAUUACAAGGGCAAGGGAGAAAGAUGCGACUCCAGGAGAGAAAGCACUUGGUCUUAAGAUCUCUGAAAAUCUAAUGACCAUUAUAAAACCAUACUUUCUUCGAAGAACUAAAGACGACAUACAAAAGAAGUACAAGUCUGAUGAAGUGAAAACCCAUCUUCCUGAAGAUCAGAGUAAGAACUUUGCUCCUGUGAUGCCUUCUCUUACCAGAAAAAAUGACUUCAUUGUGUGGGUGUAUUUAGCACCAGUUCAAGAAGAAAUAUACAGAAACUUUCUCUCUUUGGAUCAUGUGAAGGAGGUGUUAAUGACAACGCGGUCACCUUUGGCUGAGCUGAAUGUCUUAAAGAAACUAUGUGAUCAUCCCAGGUUAUUGUCAGCACGAGCAUGUAGCCAGCUUGGCUUGGAAGGAGGUGGUUACUCCGAGCAGAAUGAUGAGAAUGAAGGGGAUGCAUUUUCAGGAGCUAACAAAAUUGAUCAUCUCUCUGAUGAGAUUCUGAUUCAGGAGUCUGGGAAAUUGCUGUUCCUCAUGGGACUUCUAGAAAGGCUGCAAGAGGAGGGGCAUAGAACUUUGGUAUUUUCUCAAUCAAGAAAAAUGCUGGAUAUCGUAGAGCGCAUUUUAACUCACAGAAAUUUUAGGACCAUGCGUAUUGAUGGAACAGUGACACACUUAGUGGAAAGGGAGAGGAGGAUUGGUGUGUUUCAGAGUAAUAAGGAUUACUCUGUCUUUUUGCUUACUACACAAGUAGGUGGUGUUGGCAUAACCUUAACAGCAGCUAGCAGAGUGGUGAUCUUUGAUCCCAGUUGGAAUCCAGCUACUGAUGCCCAAGCUGUGGACAGAGCUUAUAGAAUUGGACAAAAAGAAAAUGUGGUGAUUUAUAGGCUGAUUACCUGUGGUACAGUGGAAGAAAAAAUAUAUAGGCGACAAGUCUUCAAGGAUUCAUUAAUAAGACAAACUACUGGUGACAAAAAGAACCCAUUUAGGUAUUUCACUAAACAGGAAUUAAGGGAGCUCUUUACAUUAGGAGAUACUCGAACCUCUGCAACGCAGAUUCAGCUGCAGUCCUUGCAUGCCACUCAAAGAAAGACUGACUUAGAACUGGAUGAACAUAUUGCUUAUCUGCACUCGCUGGAAAUGUUCGGCAUUUCAGAUCAUGACUUAAUGUAUACACGAGAAAUAGCUCAAGAAGAACAGGCUGAGAAUGAAGAAGCUCAUCAGUAUAUUAAACAAAGGGUACAGAAGGCCCAAGAGCUGGUCCAAUUAGAAUCUCAGCUCAAAGACCAAUUGAUGGGAAGAAUCAGAAGUGAUACUGAGGGAGCAUGGCUGAAACAACCAGUAUCGUCUUCCCAAUCAAAAAAGAAAUCACCAGAGUUUAACACAAAUCACUUUAUUUCACCACCUGUAUUAGUUGAACCUUCAAAUGAUGAAGCUGUUGAUCUUACAGAGGAUGAAGAUGUUGCUAAUGUCAGUGCUAGAAUGACAAGUUUGAUUAUUGUGGAUUCAGGGGAAGAGAAGCCAGCACAGGAUGUGUCUAAUAUGGAUGUUAAUGAAUUACUUACUAGCAGUAAGGUUUUGAAACAAUCCAAUAUACAUGAAGCUGAACAAAAACUUGAUCCAAAUUUUAUACCAUCUUCCCUUGGAGUUCAUUCAUUUGCUAACAAAGAGAGUCAUAGUCAUGAAUCAAGAAGACACUCUCAUUUCUCACAUAGCACAAACAAUGCCCAAAUUACCUCUUCACUGUUUUCACAGCCUUCGUUUAAUGGAUCUGUCAUUGCUGAUCCUAAAAGAUACAGAAAUGCAGAAAUGUCACUUCAAACUCAUGAUCCUCUAACUAACCCUGAAGAUGAUGGGAAUGAAAAUCCUCAGAUAGCUUCUCCAGUAGCAUCCAAAAGUCUAUUGAAUGUCAUGUCAGAAUUCCCUAGUGGACUCCAGAAGUCUCAUGUGAAUGAAGCCAGCUUGGAGACUACAUCUGUUGCAUCUUCUCAGUAUCAGGCUGACUUCAAUCUUGUUUUGGAAGACUCUGAAGAUGGACAGCAAGACGUCUCAAAAAGGGGAAAAUUACUGGAGUACACAGAAAACACAGGCUUUCAUCUCCAAGUAGGAAACUGUGGCAGUUCUGCAAUGAAUUCUUGGGUAAGAGAACAUGAUGACUUUGGGAAUUCCUGUAACGUAGCCAUGGAUAAUCUAAAUGACUCUAUACCAGUGAGUGAAGCCUUGAGGGAAAGUGGUGAUGACAUGCCUAUUGGCAAAAAGAGGAGGGCUCGGAGAAUUGUUUCUGAUAGCGAAGAUGAAGAUAAUUCAGUCAUGAUUUUGGAUGAAAAUCUGCUUGAAAAAAAGUUCUCACCCUUAAACAGCCCUCUAUGUCCAUCUCUGAUGGGGAUUACUUCAUCUACUCCUAAAUGUGAUAGAUCUAUGGUAGACUCCAUUUUUUCCCCAAGAGGAAACAGGUCUACAGCUUCUAGAAGAUCUCUUAUUAAUGUAGUGUUGGACCAGGUUGAGGAUAUUGAAGAAACCGUAGGAGCUUUCAGCCAAACACAGGAUAGUGAUAAGGUGCAAGAACUACUCAUGGUAGAAGAAGCUGAAGAGCAUAGUGUGGAGUCUGUGGAGCCUGAGGAAGAACCUAUUGGAGAAACACUUGAUACAGAAGGUACAACCAGUUAUUUAGAUGAUACAGAGUCUGUUGUAUCUGAGGCAGAUGAAAUUGAGGAAGAGCCUCAAGAGGAAUCUACUGGUGAUCCUGAGCUGCUAUCUGGUGAGCAAAUGGACUGCUUUUCAAAGGAGAGUGCAGGCCAGAAAGAUGAUCAGACUAUUGUGGAUUCUCUUCAUACAUCAGAUAAUUAUGAUGCCCUGAUAGAAUGUGGGAAGAAACUGAAAGAUAAUGGAAAACUACAAGAUGCAUUGAACUGUUUCCUGCAAGCUCUUGACAUAAAAAAUGGAGAUCCUGAAGUUAUGCUUAUAACCUUAAAUUUGUAUAAACAACUAUCGCAGAAGUGAAGAUUUUGGUUACAAGUCAAUUCCCAAAACAACAAUCACAAACCCAAUCUCACUUUUUCUGAGGAGAAGGACCCAAAACAAAACUUUGAUCUAAGCUAAAGAAUUGACUUAGACAAUGGACAAGAUUUGACUUUUUAAAAGGCUGGCACUGACAGAAGCUACAGUGAAGUGAGACUAACUACGAGAGAGACUUGGGAGAUACCCAUACUGAAUAUUUUUUUUUAUAGAGGAUAGAGCAAAUUUUACAAUUGCAUCUCUGUGAGCAAGGUAUUGUUUCAAGAGCAAUUUGUAACUAGCACUUGGGUGCUGGAGAGAAGGGUCUUCAUUUUGCAUGCAGUUCACAAAGGCAAAAAGUCCCACUAAUUGUAUGUUUAGAAAAAUGUUUAAAGUUUAAAAAAAAAAAAAACUACUACUUUCUAUACUUCAUGUCUGUUUUAUUUGCAAUAUAUUAACUUGCUUAUGUAUUUUAUGCUUUUGCCUUCAAGUUUGGUCAAUACAUUUUGUUCCUCCAUAGACCAACUGAAGAGGGAGGCUUGAUUACUAAAGCAUGGAAAACUGUUAGGCUGCAACUGUGAAGCCAAUGUCGGUCAUUGAAGCAUGUGGUCAUCUGACUUAAUGCUGGGAAACUUACUGCUGGGCCCCUGAACUGGACUAGUACAAAGGUUUUAUGGUACCCAUUGCUACUCACUUGUGUCCUUGAUGUUAUGUCUCAUUAACUAUGCUAGGAGUGCUGUGUAUCUGUCCCAAACUUCCUGUGGGGGAAUUACUGAACUGUUCAUCUUGGCACAGACACUUGCGGAACAGUCAGGAGUAGCUUCAAUCCAUCCAGCUACUGCUGUGGAUUUAACUUGCCUUUCCUGGGAAGAUGGGAGAGAGCAAAGCACUGCCAAGUUGGGAGUAUCUGGUGAUGAGAGCAGGCUGGUACGCUGUCUUGGUAGAUGCUGCCUUGUCCUACGGCUACCUCUCUAGCUGUUGGGGAAGGGCAAUGUGGGACAAAGGUUCUUUUCCUAAAAUCCUUGUAGCCAAAAUACACAAUGUUUGUUGUAACUAAGCUACAUGUCUUUCCAGGGUUAGGCUCAUGCUCUGACAUGAAUUCAAAUGUGGGACUAGGCAACAAUCAGCAUGUCCCCUCCCAUAAGAGGCUCAAAUGAGAACAAGCCUCCUGGCUGCUGUGCACCCUUGCAGUCUGUUUGGAAAAUCAGAUGUGCCUUCUCCCCAUACCACAUUAAGAGGGGCAUAUGCCUGAGCACAGUUAUUGAAGUAAUUCAUAUGUUUAUUGAAUAAAAACAAGGAGUCCUUGUGCCACCUUAGAGACUAACACAUUUACUUGGGCAUGGGCCAUAGCCCAGUUUUCAGCCUUUACUUAGACAGACCAGUCCAACAUCCAAGCAGGAAUUAACUUAAAUUUCACUUGUGUGGACUGUUUGUAGUUGUCUUGUGCUGUGAGACAAGAAGUCUGUGACUUUUGCUAGAGGUAGUGAGCAGCCAUGCAUCUCGAUCAGAGUCUCUGAAAAUAAGGCACAAAGAUGUCUUAAGCCUGGUUGUCAGUUUCAUAGAUUCCAAGGCCAGAAGGGACCAUUACAAUUAUCUGUUCUGCUCUUCUGUGUAACACAGGUCAUAGACCUUCCCCAAAAUAAUUCCUAAAGCAGAUCUAGGAAAAACAUCCAAAGUUGAUUUAAAUA